AGAAAGGGCAGGGGAAGUGGAGGAGCCCAAAUCCCCACCGACGAUCGGCUGCCCUUUCGUUCCCUUUCGAUGGACGGAUGGAUGGACGGAUUGAACCGAGUCGAAUGGGGCUCGACGGACUCGAUUCGAUUCGAUUCGAUGGACCAGGCCAAAAGUUUAAGCCCGGCACGCCUCGCAUUUCCAGGAACCGGAUGAGAAGCCGGCUCACUCGCGCUGUCAGGCACCGCCAAUGAUGCGCGCGACAUCCCAAAGUACCCGGUUGACUGGUCGAAUGGGCGUUUGGUGCGCUAUAAUGCCGGCUUCUAUGGCCAGGUCGCUAUGACACAUGCGAUGUGUCGUCACUAUCACAUACAUCCUGGUGGGCAUGCAUGUCAGGACGGCAGAAGUACUAUUGUUAUUGUUAUCGUUGACGAUUGUGGUCCGGUGUCGUGGCCCAGUUGAUUCAUCCAUGGAUGUUCGGGAUUGCUUCCCCUCCUGCAGGCAUCGGUCAAAUCCUCGGAAUCCAAGCGUUUACAUUACUAAACUAUACUAUGUGGAUAGAUGGCUGUACAAACUGGUGACAAACGACAGUCCGGAGGCUUCACAUCAAACAGACCACACCGGACAGGCAGGAUGCAUCAAUGCUUGGCAUAACGGCGUCGUCAUCGAACCUUGUCCUGUGCUCUCUUUACUUCCCCGAUGCAUGAUCCUCUCUAUAGGAUGAUGAUAUGUAUCUACGCUGUGCGAAACACCCCA